AUGACAAUGCUUGCCAUCUUUUUCAUAUUCGUCUUCUUCUGUUUUCCUUCUCUCUCCCUCUCUCUCCCUUUAGAUAUCACCAUCGAGGCUGGACGCUUCCAACAGCUCGAUCUAGGCGGUCUGGUUGGGCCAGAGAGCAUAGCCUUCGAUCCAGUGGGCCAGGGUCCUUAUACAGGUGUCUCAGAUGGUCGAGUUCUUAAAUGGCAAGGCACGGCCCAUGGCUGGACUGAGUUUGCGGUCACUUCACCACACAGGGACAACACAUGGGUCACUAUAAGCGGCGAUCGGACAGGAAGAUUGUUGAAAUACGAUCCACGAAGCAAAGAGUUGACCUUGUUGCUUAAAGGCCUCGUCUACCCAAAUGGGGUGGCAAUUAGUAAGGAUAGCACAUUCCUCCUCAUCGUCGAGACCACCACCCAAAGAAUUUUGAGGUUUUGGCUUCAGGGUCCUAAAGUCGGAGCCCUUGAAUUUUUCGCCCAGCUAUCAGGAUACCCAGAUAACAUCAAAAGGAACCCUAGAGGAGAAUUCUGGGUAGCUAUCACACCAUCAUCCAUCAACAGUGUGAUUGGAAUGUGUUUUAAUGAGAAGGGUGAGAUCACGGAGGUAUUGAAUGACAAAUUUGGAAUGAUUACUUCACAUCUUAGUGAAGUAGAAGAAAACAAUGGGAGUUUAUGGUUGGGAUCUGUGGUUGCGCCUGAUGUUGGCAUUUACAAGCUUUAG